AUGGACAUGUCGCCGGCGACAGCGCCGGCAGAUAGAGAUCCCCGCGAGGUGAGUGAAUCCAGCGCUAAAAAUGAGAAAAAUAGUCGCCGGCGCCUACAUAGAUUGCGAUUGCGUCCUAGGGCCAAGAACGGCGUCGGCGCCUGUGGGGAAGGCAAGACGCUCUCCGACGGCGUCCUGAAAGUGACUUCGUCGUCGGUUUCAUCGAAGUCAGAGCAUUCUCCGCUGACCUUGAUGUCUCUGUCGUCGUCGCCUCCGCCUCUCUCGUCGUCAGGGAGCUCAUCGGAGAACGACGUCGUCGGGGUCCGCAAGAGCUGUAAGCCUGGAGAUCUGGGGUGGACGGCGCACGGGGCGGUGUCGGUGAUAGGGAGGAGAGGAGAGAUGGAGGACGCGGUGGCCGUGCAGCUAGGGUUGGCGGAGUUGGGGUCGGAGAGGUACGACUUUUUCGGGGUGUACGACGGACACGGCGGGGUGAAGGCAUUAGAAGUAUUGGCUGACAUUUGGCUAAAACCCUUAUCAUAA